ACCGUAUGAUUCAAGUGUUCUGAUUCAGGCUCCAAUUUGUGGAGAAGGUGCCAUGGCGCCAACAACUGCCAUUGCCAAAAUGUCACAGUGCACCAUGUACGACGAUUCAAAGCUGGCAAUUGUGGAGAUUGAUGGCCAACAGAUUGAGGUUGAGAUUGACCCUGAUGAAGGUCCCAAACUUUUGAAGAAUGACGGAACACAAGGGGGUCCAAAUGAUGUGCAAAGACUUCCGUUCUGUCCUCCGGGGGACCGUCCUCGCUCCAACAACGGGAACUGGAAGCCCUGGAAGUACUUCACCGCCACAGAGCGCGAAGUUGCAGUUCACAUUGCCGCAAAAAGGAACAAGGCCGCCAUGGAAAUGAAGGCCGCAGGAGUAAAACUCCUUGGUUCCUCAACAGCUUUCGGAUAGGAUGGAUAGGCCAGUCAUUGAGUCAUGGGCCUCCAGAUAGACCAAGACAGACCAAGCAGCUUCCAAAGAACGAUAAAGAA